UAGAACCUAGAUUUACUGAUUUAGAUCUAAAGUUACUAUUUAUUUUAGAUCUAUGAUCUAGAUCUAGAACCAACGUUGUUCUAGAUAUCCAGAUGUUUCUGAAUCUAGAAACAUAGGAUCUAAAAUUCGGAUUCUUAAUAAUUUCAAUACCAAUGGCCAGUCCUGAAAAAUACAGUUAUUUUAUUGCCAAGUGUAUGAAUUUAGAGAGUUUGCACAAGUGCAUACAUUCAGGAAUUUGGGCAUGCCAGGAGAGAAAUAAUCCACCACAUCCUUUAGAUUUACUGAUUUCUGCACAUCAAAAUGGCCCUGUUAUAAUCAUCUUUAGUGUUAACAAUCAACGUGGUUGGCAUGGGUACUCUGAAAGUUUGUUUGAUUCAAAGCUUAACAAGUGUUCACCAGAAUCAGAGCAAGAUGAUUCCUAUAUAUGCAAACAAGAAGAUAGCACAAAUCCAUUAGAUAUACAGCACUUAGAACCAUCAGUAAAUAUUACUAAAAAAUGGCAUUAUUUUCAUGUGAAGUGGUUAAAACACUUUCUGUCUAUUUCAAAGCAAGCUUGCUUGAGUUUUGAAUCAACACAUCAUUUAUUACUGAAGGAGGGCAACUCAGUAAAUAAUGCUAGAAACUGGCAACAGUUAAGUGAAAGUGUUGGGCGUGAACUUUGUAAUUUGAUAGAUCAACGUUUGAAUAAACUUCACAUGGAUAGACAAUUGAAGGAAGAAGCUAAAAAGAAACCAUCAUUUUUCAAAGAUGAAGAAAAUGAUGUUAGCAUUAAUGGGCACUGGGCUUCUGUCAUUGAAAAAGUGCAAGCUGAACUUGGCAAAUUGCAUCUGGUUUGUCCCUUUGGAAGUCAAAGAUAUAAUUGCAGUGUUCAAGGGAGUGAUAGUGAUGUUUUUAUUGUUUACCAAGCUAAAACUACUCAGGUUUUAAGCUUAAGUCCACCAAGGCAGACUAUUAAGAACAGCGAGAAAGAAAGCAUGGAUUAUACUGUUCUUGAAAUUCAACGAUAUUGUGAACUAUUGGCUUCUGGGGAUCCAAGGUGCAUUGAAACAUUGUUUUUAGUGAAUACAGAAACACUAGUUGUGGCUUCAGAAGAAUGGAAAAAUCUCUGCACCUUUAGACAACUUUUUCUUACAAGAUCCUGCUUUGAUAAAUAUAUGAAAGAGGCACAGGGUAACACAGGCUUAAAGCAGCUUCAGAAAUGGAAAGAAAGCAAUAAAGAGUUGCAAAAGCUGACACCAAAACUUAAUAAGUUAGGCUACAUUGCACUUAGGCUGUUACAAAAUGCAAGAGAUAUGGUUUCAUUCCACACACUGAAGGUGUUCAGAGAUUGUGAUUCUAUAGAGAGAAAAGAAUUGCUUGAUGUUCGUCAAGGCUUAUAUAAUUACUCUGAUUACUUUGCCCUUGUAGAAAGAUAUCUUAGUGAGAUAGCUGAUCAAGAAAUCUGUUUUAAAAUGCAUACUGAUGAUGAUGUCAAGAGUAAAGUUGACCACUGGCUAAUAACUUGCAGGAUACAAGACCUUCAACUACAUCCACCUGUCAUUUGUAAUCAAAACAGCACAUCAACAACUUUGAACACUUUCCCAUGCAUGUAAUAAAAAAAAAAAUGGCCUGUUAUUUUUAGAAAAUGAAUUUAUUUAGCAUUUAAUCUGUGAUACAUUUGUAUGCUAAUGUAUUUGCAUAUCUCAAUAAUUUAUUAAAAUCACUUUUUCAAAAAAUAAUAUUUUUUAUUUUUGGAAAAAA